AUGGCGAUGGUCGACUUUGUCCGGGUGCGAAGGCCGAUUCACACAACGAUGGUUCGCAAGGAGUGGACUUUGCUACGCCGUUUUUUGACAAAACAGAACCCCUUGCCCUCUCACGAAUCGCUGGAUAUGGCAAUGAAAAAGAGUGAUGGCCGCGGAAUGUCUCCAUUGAUGGUAGCAGUGGACCGUGCUGCUGAAGUUGGCGUUCUACGAUCGCUUGUUGCCAAUGGGGCCGACUUGGACCAGGAGGACAAUGACGGUUGCACGGCGUUGGAUCUGUCAAACCGGAAGUGUUCCGAGGCAGGGACGAUGUCCUCUGAGAAGCACAAUUGCCACAGCGAGAUCAAAGCAUUCUUGCUCAAAUGCAGGUCACCAUGCCUUGAAUUUGGCAUUUGUGGCCUGGAUGUCACAUUGGAUAAGAAACUGUUGUGCAGGGUGCUCACUCCGCCUCGUGCUGCCCGUCGGGUGGUUCCGGUGGCCGCGUUUCAACUGGCAUACCAAGGCUUUCCUUGGCAGCCAGAGGACGGGUACACGCUCGGGUCCUCGCUGGACAAGCGGCGUUAUACCAACGGCGCAACCUAUCCUGCAUGGCAUGAGAUUGACGACAUGAUUGCAGCGAUGCCCGCUGGAACAUGGCUGUCGUUUCACCUCAGUGAAAGUGAGAAGUGCCCGUAUGUCAGCUCACUGCUGAAAGGGGAGCCCAGGGCAGUGCGCUUAAUUGACAUGCUCUGUGGAAGCAAGUAUAAGGCACGCCAUGUGCAGAUCAACAUCAAUGCGCGUGGUGUGCCAGAAAAGCUGCUGAUGCCUGGCCGUGAGAUCGACGAGAAAAGCGCUGCCGCCCAGAUUUCCGAACUAGCCAGGCAAUAUCCAGACACGAACUUUCUCAUUCCUAUCUUUCAAACGGACACUGCGGACUCCUGGCCCUUCUUUCAAAAAGUCUUGCAAACUUGGCACAAUCCAUCCUCCAAAUCAGAGAAUCAGCGUGCAAAGAACAUCGUCCCGUUCUUCGACAAGUCUGGUGGGACAGGGAAGACACCGGAUGACGUGCCGGACAUCCCUGACGACCCUCGCAAUCCUGAGAGGGGUUUGGGUCGAGCCAUUGGCUUCACGGGAGGGAUCAAUGCUUCCAAUGCUUCUUCUUGGCUUUCGCGGUAUUACGAGAAGGUUCGAGCACUUGGCCCCGGCAUCGCUUGCAUAUGUGAUGCCCAGACGGGCUUCCGCUUCAAAAGAGACCGGAAAGAACCCAUCGAUGCCGAUUCUUUGGGCAAGCUGAUGCAGGCAGUCUAUGAAUGGGGGAUGCCAGAGCAGCCUCAGGCCUAG